AUGGCCUCCAACACGCCUUACAGGCGCUCGAGCAGACUCGCAUCAGCAACCCCUGCUCCAGCGAGGUCUGGAGCUGGUUCCGCGGCUGGAUCCGUGAAUCAGAGCAUCGCAGGGAGCAGAGCGACCCCUGGUCGCACCACCGGGAAGCGCGCUGGCCCACUGCCCAAGGUCGCAGUGAACCGUUCGCACGCAUACGGAUCUGCGGGCCAUGCCCACCGCGCAGAUGACAUCGCCCCUCCGACCACCGCAUUCGACCAAGCCUUUGCGGCGCAGCGAGAAUCAGCCCUCGAGCGCGACGUCACUGUCGCGAGGUUGAGCUCUUCCUCAAGGAGCCCUCAGCGAAGCCCAAUAGAGAGCCGACCCAGCCAGAUUCGCGAGCCCUCCCCGGUCCAGUCCGAACUCGCCACCCCUUUCGAGCCAACAUCGCUCAUUGACUCUUCGAAGAGCUUUGGCGCCAAUCACGAGGCUGGCUUGCACGCGGAGGCCUCUGUCCGCAACCUCAAUGGCAACAUUCACGCCCGACAUAGCCCCGCUGCUUCUGACACUACUUCUCGAGGCGGAGGCCACCCUUCUCUACUCCGCGUCCUCCUGCGCAUGAUCAAGCGCAACUGGCUCGACGUCCUCAAGGCCUUUGUGAUGAUGGUCGGCUUCGUGUUCUUCAUUUCCAUCUUCUACCGCGCUGUCACCUCUCUUUCCGUCAGUACCGAGCCUAUCACGGACGCCGGCGACGCUAUGAAGUCUCAAUUCACCAGCACAUGGGACUACGUCAAGAAUGGCGUCCCUUUUAGCACUUCGGGCUCCUCGGAUCUUUACCCCAGAGUCGUCAAGCUUGAGAAUUCCGUCCAGGACAUCCAGGAACAUCUCCCAGAGCACAUCGUCGUGCAAGUUGACCAAGUUACCGGCGAACCUGUCAUCAGCGAUGCGUUUUGGCGAGCUCUUCGCAGCAAAUUCUCUCAGAAGGGCUUAUUCAACGUCGCCGAUAAGGAUCGCGAAUGGAAGAACUUCCUCGUGAACAACGCCAAGAAGAUUGAGAACGCCAUCAACAACGACCGAAAGAAACUGCUCACACAUUUCGACAAUACGUUCAUCUUAGCUCGCAAGCAACACCAGGUGUUGACCCGGGACGAGUUCGCGGAGCUGAUGCAGAAAGACUACUUGGCGAUGUCAGCUCGGGUUGAGAAGGAGGUUGAACGGGUAGCUAAACAGAUCGGUACCGUUGCGAUUCGCCAGCAGAUCAGACUCGAGUCUCUUGCCUACGCCAAUCUUCUCGCCAACAGCGAACUCUCGCUCAAGACUGUCAACUUCUUCUCCCCAGGACUUGGCGCCAAAAUCAUUCCGCGACUCACCUCACCCACUUUGACGAGGGAUGUUUCUUGGAAAGCAAUAGCCUUUAAGUUCCUGCUUUGGGCACCUCCACGGCACGCACCGAUUACCGCUCUCGAGCGUUGGGAAGAAGCCUCCGAUUGUUGGUGUACAGCAGCCAGCUCCACUAAGCAGUCUCAGCUGGCAGUCAAUAUGGCUAUCCCAAUUUUCCCCACUAGGGUCACAAUCGAGAAUAUCCCUAAGGAAGGCACACUCAACUGGAAGUCAGCACCAAAGGACGUGGAACUGUGGGUGGAGAUUGAUGAUCCCGACAGACGUGAGGCGGUUGAGAUCUCCUUCAACGAGCUUCACAAGCCUUGCCAGGGAUCUGGUCCAGGAUCGAAGUAUGUCUGCAUCGGCACCAUGAUGUACGACAUACACGGCCCAAAUCACGUUCAGACUUUCGACUUGGAACUCGAUCUCAAGGCCCAUGACGUUCAAGUCGAACGUGCCAUUGUUCGAGUGAUCGAGACCUGGGGCAGCGACUACACUUGUCUUUAUCGCAUUCGCAUGCACGGUGAGCAUUUGGAAUAGGUGGAAGGAUUAGGAUGUUCUACAUGCAUUUGGUUUCUUAUUGGUUUCUAACCUUUGGUGGCAUUUGCGAUCUUUGGAAUGAUCUGGGUUUGUUUUGUAUCCGCGAAGGCCAUUGUCGAUACCCAAUUUCUCUUCCACAACUUGCAUGGAAGGAGUUCUGGUCUCGGAUUAUUGUUUCCUUCUCUUUAUUCUCUCUCCUGCGACGAGAUACCCAUGGAGUGUCUCUAUUUCGCUAUUGUCGACGCCAGAUCAUGUCUGUUGUCGUAGCUUCAUGAAAGCAUUGGCGGCCUUUACUAUCGGGAAGCCUCAUACCAGCAUAGUUAUUACCUGAUCAUGAAUCGAAAAGAAUGUUCUGCUU